UGUUGUUGUCUACACUGUUAAACUAUAACUAUAAUAUAGUUGAUUAACAACAUCACCCAGCUGUUUACCGUUAACAGCUCAAUACGUUGGUAAAUGCAUGUAAUGAUACUUACUCGUAUUAUAAGUGCGAAAGUUUUUCACUGCGGUAGCGCGCAGCAGAUAUUCUGACUCGAAUCUAAUAUCAGAAUUUAUUUCUGUAUGCCAAAGCGUAUAUGUGUUUGUAUUGCAUUAACAUUUGGAGAUCUUUGGAUAUACUGUAUUUUUAUUAUCUAAUGUGAAGAGGAUAUGCAGUUAAUUACAAUUUGGUAUUUUAUGUUCUGCGGCACGUUCGGCAUUUUUCGCCAAACAGCAAAUGCAGCAGCAGGCACCAAAGGCCAGAUGAUUGUAAAACAGAGUGGCUUAUCUGUCGGAAAAUGCGGCUUUCGUGUUGUUGGCUACUACACAUCUUUUGGCGGGAAGAAAGUGGCCCAAGAAAUGCUGUCACGGUUAACUCAUGUCAAUUACGCAUUCCCGGACAUGGGACCGAAUGGCUCGCUGUCAAUGGAUGGUAAUUCGACCAAACGGCUACAACAUCUGAUCAAAAUGCGCGGAAACGAUGCCAGUCCGAAGAUUUUGUUGGCCAUUGGUGGACAGGGUAAGGCGGAACUGUUCGACACUGUUCUGCGCUCGGAUAGAGCCUUCGAUAACUUUACCGUCAAUCUGAAAAGGUUUGUCGAACAAUUUAAUUUGGACGGUGUGGAUAUUGAUUACGAACAUCCCGGAAAAAAGCCCGACGAUAAAACACUGUAUGUGCAGUUCAUGCGGCGCCUGAGGAAAAAGAUGGACUCGUGGAAAUUAUCGACUAAAAAAGCCAGAUUGCUCCUGACUUUUGCCGCGCCUGCCGGUUCGAAUGAUCUCCGUAAAGGUUACGACUUAAAGAACCUCCUCGAAGGCGACACAAUCGACUGGGUGAACGUCAUGGCGUACGAUUAUUACGGCCCAUGGGAUAAAGAAACCGGCCCACCGGCGCCGCUAUUCGCUGCCGCGCCGGCAAACUACUCCAAGAAACUCAACGUCCACUGGACGAUGGAGCAGUAUGCGUGCGCCAUUCCCGACGCCGGCAAAAUCGUUCUCGGUGUUCCCUUCUACGGCCGAUUCUGGUACAACGUCACCGAACAACCAGUGAACAACACCGACCCUAUGUGGCGCGUCUCCAGUAUCAAUCCACCGAAAGGCGGGGAAGUCGCUUACGCUGAUAUCCAGAAAAACUACCUCGAUAACGGAUUCGUUCCGGGUUACAACGCCAAAGCGCAAGCGCCGUUCGCGUGGAAUGCGAAAAAUCGCACGUAUCUCGGCUAUGAGACGCCGCAGAGUUUGGAGAAGAAAGUCGAGUACGCUCUUCAAGCCGGUUUCGGUGGACUAAUGAUCUGGGCGCUGGACCAGGACGACGCUAAUCUGACACUGCUGCACACAGUCACCCGCCACGACCUUUGCGCGCCACCGGCAUCCGAGCAGUCUCUAACGAUUCCUAAGUAUUACUGCCAGGAACCGCGGUGGUGGUCCAACACAUACGCAGCCAGUUACGGAACAUGCGGCACCAUGGCACCGCCGAUUAACGGAUAUUAUCCCGUGUGCGAUCCACGCGAUGAGCGCGCAUGUUGCAAUCGCUGGGGCUACUGCACGGCCGGACCAACAAACUGCAAAUGUCCAGAGUGCAACGAUUAUGCCGAGAAUCCCGAGAAGAUCUGGGAGAAGUCGGUUAAACCGAUCACGAAGGAAGUACUUUGGUUUACGCUGGAUCAGGGUCCGGGAUUGCUGGGGCGAUGUGGAUAUAAUGCACCGCGGUUGCUGAAUGGUGGCAUUCCCAUCUGCAAUCCGGAUGAUCCGCUGGGAUACUGCUGCUCCAGCCGCGGCGUGUGCGGGAAUGAGCCGCAGUCGUGUAAUUGUUCGGCCUGCGUCAAUUUCCGAAAAACGCCGAAUUUUCGAUUCAAGGAACAAAAGAAGAUAAAAGUCGAAAAAACCUGGUGGACGUGGGAUGAUUCACCGGAAUAUAACGGUCGAUGCGGACCGCAUGCGGCGAAAAUCAACGGAACCGUCGAAGCGACCUGUGAUCCGCAGAGUGCCAAUGCUUACUGUUGUAGCUCCCGGGGCUUUUGUGGGGCUGGAAAAGACUAUUGUACCUGUAAUGGUUGCACCGAUUACAGAGCAAUGUUUCUUUAAUGCCGGAAAUUUUUACUAAUAAUUUAUCCAUUUUACGCCUGUCAGCUGGGGAAUCGAAACCAUCGGUUACAUUAAAAACCAGAUUUAUUUAAUGCAAACAAUUUCAUCCAGACGAGACAUCAAUGUGAUUCUCGCACA